AUCUAAAACAAAUUUUAAAAGCAAAUAGGUUUACAAAGAAAAGAAAUGUAGUCUGUUAGCGGUAAAUUAUAAAUAUAAUUAAUAGGAGCUUAGUUAACAAGAGAUGUUAAGCUUAUAGGUUCUAUGAAUCCUUAUGUAGUUUUUAGAUUUGGCGAUAUUAAAAAAACAAGUGCAGUUAAUGAAGGUGGUGGUAAAAAUCCAAAAUGGUGUGAUAAAAUUGACUUUUAAAAGAUCAAAGAAACUAAAAUAAAUAUUGAUGUUUACAACAUGAGAAAGCUUGGAUUAUUUGAUAACGAUUUAAUUUGCUCUGGAACACUUGAUCUUUGCAAAUUUACUCAAUAGUAUUAAGGAUAUGAGGCCAUUCCUCUUUAUCAUGGAAGUUCUUCAGCAGGCACACUUAAUAUCCAAGUCACAUUCACUCCUGACGUAUAAUAGGUUUAUUAGUUUGGUCAAAUUAUUUUGUAAGGAGAAGCUCCUCUUGACAUUACAUUACGUGUAGUAUCAGCUCUCCUUACUAGAGAUACUCAGUGGUUCGGAUCUAUGUGUUGUUAUUAUGUUGCAACAUGUGGUGAUAAAAAACACACUUCUACAUUGUGUAAUAGUGGAAAAACACCACAAUGGUCAGAUAAAUUUAACAUUGCUAAAAAAUCUGAUUAAAAAUUCAACAUUGAAAUUAUAAAUUAAAAUAAUAAAACUUGUGUAGCAACAUGUGUAGUUCCUCAUGAAGUUUUAGCUAACUACUAACCAGGUGUAAGAACUCUUCCUCUUUCUUACCAAGGUACUCCUGCAGGCUAAUUAUUCCUUGAAGUUACUUAUAACUCAUAUCCAGGUGAUAUGGUUGCUCCUAUAUAUCAACCACUUCAAGACUACUGUCCUGAAUAUUAUGAUGUAUGUCCUGCUUCAAUACCUUAAUAUCCUCCUUAAUAACCUUAAUACCCUCCUUAAUAACCAUAAUAUCCACCUUAAUAGCCUCAAUAUCCUCCUUAUUAGCCUCAAUAUCCUUCUUAAGAGGUUCAGUAUCCACCUUAAGAGGUUCAGUAUCCACCUUAAGAGGUUCAGUAUCCGCCUUAAUAACCUUAAUAUCCUCCUUAGUAAUCUUGCUAUGCACCUCAAUAUCCUCCUGCUCCUUAAGAUUAAUGCAGUAAUCCUUAUGGUCACUACCCAAAUUUACAAUAACAAUAUCCAUAGUAUCCUCCUCCUCCCCCACCCUAAUAUUGA